AUGUCUGCUUCCACUCGUAUCCCUCCCAUUGCUCUGCCUUUCGUUAGCGAUCGGGCUAAGAAGACUCUUGACUUGGUCGAAGAGUUCGUCGAGAAAGACUGUAUCCCCGCUGAAGGUGUCUUCUCCGCCCAGCUCGGCGAAGGCGAGCAGCGAUGGAAUACCGUCCCUACCGUUAUGGAGCAGCUGAAGGAGAAGGCUAAGAAGCUGGGUCUAUGGAAUAUGUUCUUGGCCAAGAGCCAUUUCAAGCAAGGUGCUGGAUACAGCAACCUGGAGUACGGAUUGAUGGCCGAGUUGCUCGGAAAGAGCAAGAUUGCCUCGGAGGCUACCAACAAUGCUGCCCCUGAUACCGGUAACAUGGAGGUCCUGGCCAAGUAUGGCAACGACGCCCAGAAGCAGCAGUGGCUGGCUCCCCUGCUGGAAGGCAAGAUCCGAUCUGCUUUCCUGAUGACAGAGCCAGAAGUUGCAUCUAGCGAUGCGACCAACAUCGAGCUCAGCAUCCGUCGCGAGGGUAACGAAUAUGUCCUGAACGGCUCCAAAUGGUGGUCUUCCGGCGCCGGUGACCCCCGCUGCAAAAUCUACCUCGUAAUGGGCAAAUCCGACGCCACAAACCGCGACACCUAUAAGCAACAAUCCGUCGUCCUAGUCCCAGCCGGUCUGCCCGGAAUCACAAUCAACCGUAUGCUCCACGUCUAUGGCUACGACGACGCACCCCACGGACACGGACACAUUACAUUCACAAAUGUCCGCGUACCUGUAUCCAACAUGGUCCUUGGUGAAGGCCGCGGCUUCGAAAUUAUCCAAGGCCGUCUCGGACCCGGCCGAAUCCACCACUGCAUGCGCACAAUCGGCGCAGCCGAAAAAGCCCUCGAAUGGCUAAUCGCCCGCGUCAACGACGAGCGCAAGAAGACCUUCGGCCAGCCCCUCUCGGCGCACGGCGUGAUCCUGGAAUGGAUCGCGAAAUCCCGGAUCGAGGUUGAUGCGGCACGACUUGUUGUUUUGAAUGCUGCUAUCAAGAUUGAUCAGGGCGAUGCCAAGGCUGCUCUUAAAGAGAUCGCCGAGGCCAAGGUUCUUGUUCCGCAGACUGCUUUGAAUAUUAUUGAUCGAGCUGUUCAGGCUUAUGGCGCUGCGGGUGUUUGUCAAGAUACACCUCUUGCUUAUCUUUGGGCUGGAAUUCGGACACUGCGGAUUGCCGAUGGGCCUGAUGAGGUUCAUUUGCAGCAGUUGGGUAAGAGGGAGAACAAGUCGAGGAGGGAGGCUGUGGUUGCUAAGUUGAAGUGGCAGCAGCAGGAGAGUGAUCGGUUGCUUAUUGCUUCUGGGUUUAAGGCCAAGAGUCAUCUGUAG